UUGGAGAUUGUUGGUUAUGCAUUCCUUUUGUGGAGUAAAGAAAGACAUAUCGACUGAACUCAAUUGGCUACCCAAACACCAAGUCCACUGAAAAUGUCUAAACUACAGUUGUUGAGUGUGUUUUUAAAUGAUCGUUUAACGCCGGCUGAUGUGGAUAUUUUUGGGGCAGUUGAGAAAACGGUAUUGAAAUACCAGGAGGAAAAUGAUCGGCUACGGAGACUGCUGCGGAUCACACCGGAGAUACAACUAUGUAGAACAGAAUCCCUGCAGCUCUCUGUCUCUGAAGAGGAGGUUCCCCUUGAGCAGCAGCACUGUGAGCAGGAGUGGAGCCCCAGUCUGGGACAGAAGGACCCAGAGACCAAACAGAUUAAAGAGGAACAGGAGGAAGUCAGGACCAGUCAGGAGGAAGAGCAGCUUCAAGGGCUCGUUGAUACCAAAGACUCCAUAUCCACUACUUCCUGUGUGAAAAGUGAAUGUGAUCUGAAGAACCCAUGUCAAGAAGCCGUACUAGCUGAACACCCAACUCUCAGUCCACUGAAAACAUCUAAACUACAGUUGUUUCGUGUCUUUUUAAAUGAACGUUUAACGCCAUCUGCUGCUGUGGAGAUUUUGGGGAAAGUUGAGAAAACUGUAGCAGAGUACCAGGAGGAGAAUGAUCAGCUACGGAGACUGCUGCGGAUCACACCGGAGAUACAACUAUGUAGAAUAGACUCCCUGCAGCUCUCUGUCUCUGAAGAGGGGUUCCCCCUGAGCAGCAGCACUGUGAGCAGGAGUGGAGCCCCAGUCUGGGACAGGAGGACCCAGAGACCAAACAGAUUAAAGAGGAACAGGAGGAAGUCAGGACCAGUCAGGAGGAAGAGCAGCUUCAAGGGCUCUUUGUUACCAAAGACUCCAUAUCCACUCCUUCCUGUGUGAAAAGUGAAUGUGAUCAGGAGGACCAAACCCAGACUGUGGAGAACAGAGAGAGAGACUCUAAACCAGUGGAUCUCAAACCUUUUGUCACUGUGACCCACAUUAAGGGUCUCAACAUUCCCUGUGACCCUCCAGAUAAUCAAAACAAUGCCUCCAGCCACAGUUCAGCUGUAAGCAGCGACACAGUAGGACUUGACAGCAGUCCACUAUUGGAUCCCAGCCCAACAUUGGGGGAACACUGUUCCAAACCCAGCACCAUGCCUAGAAAAACUCACAGCUGCCGUGACUGUGGUGAAUCUUUUGCUCUGACAGCUGAUCUGCAGAAGCAUGUGACUCUCACCAAGAAGAGACUCAGUGAAUGUGUCUUCUGCAAUAAACACUACAAAUCCACCUGUAAACUAAAGGCCCAUGUCCGACUCUGUCACGGUGUGAAACCUUUCACCUGUCCUGUUUGUGGAAAGACCUUCAAACUAAAGAAAUAUCUGUCCAGACACAUCAGGAUGCACACAGGAGAGAGAUCAUUUAUCUGUGGUGACUGUGGGAAGAGCUUCUAUCGCAAGGAGAACCUAACUAUGCAUAUGCGGACUCACACAGGGGAGAAAUUAUUCAGCUGUGGUGACUGCGGGAAAAGCUUCAGUAUCAAGAAUAACCUAACCAUGCAUAAACUGAUUCACACAGGAGAGAAACCAUUUAGUUGUGGUUACUGUGGGAAGAGCUUCAGUCAGAAGGGGGACCUAGGGAGGCAUAUAUUGAUUCACACAGGGGAGAAACCAUUUAGCUGUGAUGACUGUGAUAAAAGUUUCAGACACAAGGGUUCACUAACCAAACAUAUAUGGACUCACACAGGAGAGAAACCGUUUAGUUGUGGCGACUGUGGGAAAAACUUUUAUCGUAAGGAACACUUAACCGUGCAUCUACUGACUCACACAGGAGAGAAACCAUUUAUUUGUGGUGACUGUGGGAAAAGCUUUAAUCAGAAGGGGUCCCUUAAGGCACAUAUAUUGAUUCACACAGGAGAGAAAUUAUUUAUCUGUGGUGACUGUGGGAAAAGCUUCAGUCUGAAGAAGCACUUAACUGUGCAUAUACUGACUCACACAGGAGAGAAACCAUUUAGCUGUAGUGACUGUGGGAAAAGCUUCAGUCAGAAGGCCCACCUAAAUAAUCAUAUCCGUACUCACACAGGAGAGAAACCGUUUAUCUGCUUUGACUGUGGAAAAAGCUUCAGUCAAAAGGGGGUCCUAGGGAGGCACAUACUGACUCACACAGGGGAGAAAUCAUUUAGCUGUUGUGACUGUGGGAAAAGUUUCAGUCUGAAGGACCACCUAAAUAAGCACAUACUGACUCACACAGGAGAGAAACCAUUUAGCUGUUGUUACUGUGGGAAAAGCUUCAGUCAGAAGGGGGUCCUAGGGAGACACAUACGGACUCACACGGGAGAGAAACCAUUUAGCUGUGGAGACUGUGGGAAAAGCUUCAGUCAGAAAGUGGUCCUGGGGAGACACAUACGGACUCACACAGGAGAGAAACCAUUCAGCUGUGGAGACUGUGGGAAAAGCUUCAGUGUCAAGAGAAACUUAAUCAAACACAAACGGAUUCACGCAGGAGAGAAACAACAUGGCUGCUCAGUCUGUGAUAAAAUAUUCACUCAGAAGACUAAUCUGUUGAGGCAUGUCAAAAACAACCACAAAGAAAGUAAAUGAGGACACAGAGAGACAUAGCUAAGAGAGUAUUGAGAUACACCUGUGGACCAACUGAGGACAUAGACACAGAGAGGAGACUAAGAGAGUAUUGAGAUACACCUGUGGACCAACUGAGGACAGAGACACAGAGAGGAGACUAAGAGAGUAUUGAGAUACACCUGUGGACCAACUGAGGACAUAGACACAGAGAGGAGACUAAGAGAGUAUUGAGAUACACCUGUGGACCAACUGAGGACAUAGACACAGAGAGGAGACUAAGAGAGUAUUGAGAUCCCCUGUGGACCAACUCUAACUGGUCCUCCUGAUCCUGCUCAGUCCAAUGUCACAGUAAUGAUAUAAUGUAUUUAUGUUUAUGCUGUUGUUGCUUUGUUCAUGAAAAAGGGCCAAUCUGCAGUUCAGACAACAACAGGUCAAUCUAAGGGUUGGAGAAGUGUAAAACACUUAAAUGCAUAGAUUGAUAAAUGGAGUCAAGAUGUCAAACUAUUGAGCUGAUGUUCAAUUUACAAUUUACCUGUAGCUACUUGUUCAUUUUGAAAGGGGCAAACUACAAACAGAAGUGUACACUACAAACAGAAGUGUACACUACAAACAUAAGUGUACACUACAAACAGAAGUGUACACUACAAACAGAAGUGUACACUACAAACAGAAGUGUACACUACAAACAGAAGUGUACACUACAAACAGAAGUGUACACUAUAAUGUAUGAUUUGGCAAGUUAGUCAUUUAACUUGCCAAAAUAAUCUCAAAUAAUGUUUUAGAAAGAUAAGCAUGAAAGGGUUAUGGUCUGAUUGACUCAGCAACCAAAACAACCAUAUAUCUAAGUGUAGGGUACUGAGUGAAUUAGAAAAUCAAUAGUUAUUUCUGGCUGCUUAUCAAAUUUAGCUGGUUAACUCUUCGAUCCUACUUUGUAGUGUACCCCUCUGGUUGCUUAUCAAAGUUAGCUGGCUAACUCUUCGAUCCUACUUUGUAGUGUACCCCUCUGGUUGCUUAUCAAAGUUGGCUUUGCUUAUCAAAGUUAGCUGACUAACUCUUCGAUCCUACUUUGUAGUGUACCCCUCUGGUUGCUUAUCAAAGUUAGUUAGCCAACUCUUCGAUCCUACUUUGUAGUGUACCCCUCUGGUUGCUUAUCAAAGUUAGCUGGCUAACUCUUCGAUCCUACUUUGUAGUGUACCCCUCUGGUUGCUUAUCAGAGUUGGCUUUGCUUAUCAAAGUUAGCUGACUAACUCUUCGAUCCUACUUUGUAGUGUACCCCUCUGGUUGCUUAUCAAAGUUAGUUAGCCAACUCUUCGAUCCUACUUUGUAGUGUACCCCUCUGGUUGCUUAUCAAAGUUAGCUGGCUAACUCUUCGAUCCUACUUUGUAGUGUACCCCUCUGGUUGCUUAUCAAAGUUGGCUUUGCUUAUCAAAGUUAGCUGGCUAACUCUUCGAUCCUACUUUGUAGUGUACCCCUCUGGUUGCUUAUCAAAGUUAGCUGGCUAACUCUUCGAUCCUGCUUUGUAGUGUACCCCUCUGGUUGCUUAUCAAAGUUAGCUGGCUAACUCUUUGAUCCUGCUUUGUAGUGUACCCCUCUGGUUGCUUAUCAAAGUUAGUUAGCUAACUCUUCGAUCCUACUUUGUAGUGUACCCCUCUGGUUGCUUAUCAAAGUUAGUUAGCUAACUCUUCGAUCCUACUUUGUAGUGUACCCCUCUGGUUGCUUAUCAAAGUUAGCUGGCUAACUCUUCGAUCCUGCUUUGUAGUGUACCCCUCUGGUUGCUUAUCAAAGUUAGUUAGCUAACUCUUCGAUCCUACUUUGUAGUGUACCCCUCUGGUUGCUUAUCAAAGUUAGCUGGCUAACUCUUCGAUCCUGCUUUGUAGUGUACCCCUCUGGUUGCUUAUCAAAGUUAGUUAGCUAACUCUUCGAUCCUACUUUGUAGUGUACCCCUCUGGUUGCUUAUCAAAGUUAGCUGGCUAACUCUUCGAUCCUGCUUUGUAGUGUACCCCUCUGGUUGCUUAUCAAAGUUAGUUAGCUAACUCUUCAAUCCUACUUUGUAGUGUACCCCUCUGGUUGCUUAUCAAAGUUAGUUAGCUAACUCUUCGAUCCUACUUUGUAGUGUACCCCUCUGGAUGCUUAUCAAAGUUAGUUAGCUAACUCUUCGAUCCUACUUUGUAGUGUACCCCUCUGGUUGCUUAUCAAAGUUAGCUGGCUAACUCUUCGAUCCUACUUUGUAGUGUACCCCUCUGGUUGCUUAUCAAAGUUGGCUUUGCUUAUCAAAGUUAGCUGGCUAACUCUUCGAUCCUACUUUGUAGUGUACCCCUCUGGUUGCUUAUCAAAGUUAGUUAGCUAACUCUUCGAUCCUACUUUGUAGUGUACCCCUCUGGUUGCUUAUCAAAGUUAGCUAGCUAACUCUUCUAUCCUGCUUUGUAACUUUGUAGUAUACCCCUCUGGUUUCUUAUCAAAGUUAGUUAGCUAACUCUUCGAUCCUACUUUGUAGUGUACCCCUCUGGUUGCUUAUCAAAGUUGGCUUUGCUUAUCAAAGUUAGCUGGCUAACUCUUCGAUCCUACUUUGUAGUGUACCCCUCUGGUUGCUUAUCAAAGUUAGCUGGCUAACUCUUCGAUCCUACUUUGUAGUGUACCCCUCUGGUUGCUUAUCGAAGUU